UUUCGAGCGGCCAGAGGGUGAGCUGCGCGGCGUAGCGCGGCGGGGAGGUAAGAUGGCGCCGUGCCUGGCGCUUCGCCUUUGCUGUUAGGUUGCCGGUUGUCCUUUCUGUCAGGUUUUGGUAUGAACAGGAUUCGGAUUCACGUCUUGCCAACGAAUCGGGGGAGGAUCACCCCAGUGCCCAGAUCGCAGGAGCCCCUUUCUUGUUCAUUUACUCACCGCCCAUGCUCUCAACCGCGACUGGAAGGACAGGAGUUUUGCAUUAAGCAUAUUCUUGAAGACAAGAAUGCACCCUUCAAACAAUGUAGUUACAUAUCAACGAAGAAUGGAAAACGGUGUCCCAGUGCUGCCCCAAAGCCCGAGAAGAAAGAUGGGGUGUCUUUCUGUGCUGAACAUGCUCGAAGGAAUGCUCUAGCACUUCAUGCUCAAAUGAAGAAGAAUAAUCCAGGCCCUAUGGGUGAAACCCUCUUGUGCCAGUUGAGCUCAUAUGCUAAAACAGAGCUGGGCUCUCAGACCCCAGAGAGCAGUCGAAGUGAAGCCAGCCGAAUACUGGAUGAAGACAGCUGGAGUGAUGGGGAUCAGGAACCCAUUACUGUGGAUCAGACAUGGAGAGGUGACCCUGACAGUGAAGCUGAUAGCAUAGACAGUGAUCAAGAAGAUCCCCUAAAACAUGCUGGUGUCUACACAGCUGAAGAAGUGGCUCUUAUUAUGAGAGAAAAGCUAAUUCGUUUGCAGUCUUUGUACAUUGAUCAGUUUAAACGGCUACAACACCUACUCAAAGAGAAGAAGCGCCGUUACUUACACAACCGAAAAGUGGAACAUGAAGCUUUAGGUAGUAGUCUCCUGACUGGCCCAGAGGGACUUUUAGCCAAAGAAAGAGAGAAUUUAAAGCGACUAAAAUGUCUUAGGCGAUAUCGUCAACGCUAUGGAGUAGAAGCCUUACUACAUAGGCAGCUGAAGGAACGCAGAAUGCUGGCCACAGAUGGGGCUGCUCAACAGGCUCAUACCACUCGUUCCAGUCAGAGGUGCUUAGCCUUUGUGGAUGAUGUUCGUUGCUCGAAUCAGUCUCUUCCCAUGACCAGACACUGCCUUACCCAUAUUUGCCAGGAUACAAAUCAGGUUCUCUUCAAAUGCUGCCAGGGAUCUGAAGAGGUGCCCUGCAACAAACCAGUUCCUGUAAGCCUCUCUGAGGAUCCCUGCUGUCCACUGCAUUUCCAGUUGCCUCCUCAGAUGUAUAAGCCCGAGCAGGUACUGUCUGUGCCAGACGAUCUGGAAGCCGGCCCCAUGGAUCUGUACUUGAGUGCUGCCGAGCUUCAGCCUACUGAGAGUUUACCACUGGAGUUCAGUGAUGACUUGGAUGUGGUGGGCGAUGGUAUGCCGUGCCCUCCUUCACCCUUACUUUUUGAUCCUUCACUGACUCUCGAAGAUCAUUCCGUCAAAGAAAUUGCUGGAGGCCCAGGCCAGAUGCAGGUGUCUGGAGAUGGGUCCAGAUCCCAGGGACCUCGAAAUUUAGAGAAAGCCUGUGCAGCAUUCCCUCAGCGUGGAUUGGCUACUGCAAAUGGAAAACCAGAGCCCACUUCUAUCAGUUGAUAGUUCAUUCUGAGAAUUGCUUGACUUUGGUGGAUCUGAACUUCUCAUUCUUGAAACAGUUUAUCUCUGGUCAUCUCUCACUAAACAGGGGCAACCCAGACUACAUGGUGUUUCUUCGGGCUUAUACAGUGCUAAAAUCAAACAUAAACCAAAUUUGUGAGGAACGGAUCUAUCUUUAGUAUUUAAAAGUUACAGGAUUUUUUGCAAGGAAAAGAGUGUGGUAGUCCCUGCCUUGGGAUGGAAUGAAUAUUGGAGACUAUGCCUGGGAAAGAGACAUUUUGGCAAUAUGAUUUCCUAAGCCAUGGAUGAAAUCCAUCUAGGCAGGGGCUGCGAUCAGGAAUGGCGCUCCUGAGGUGCUGGCCGUUCGUGUCUGUCUGUCUGUAUCUAAAGGCCUGUGAUCAACCCUUUCCUCAUAGCUGGGCAGUAGAAACCCCCUUUCCUAGUGACUGAAAAGCAGCUCACCUCACAGAUCUGGGCUCUUCUUAAUUAUCCUUGCUUUUAACUUAUGUAAAUGUCUGGUGGAUUCCCCCAUGUAAAUUAUAGUAAAAUUAUUGUAUAUAGUUUCUAUUAAAUGGUAAAAUGUUAUGGAAAUGUAAAGUAGUGUGAAUUGAAUUUGUGGGGUUUUUUUGUUUUGUUUUGUUUAGUGUUUCAGAGUGUCUAUAUUAUUUUCUGGGACUGCAAUGCUGUCUGAUGGGAAAGGUACAUAAUAUUUCUAUCCCCAGACAGGCAUUACUGGAGAAACAGCAUGAGAGAAGUGGCACUUGGUACCUAGCUAAUUGGGACAGAUAGAAUUGUGUUCAGUAGUGGGGUCAAGACUGUGUAGUGCUUUUAGGGUCUUGGUUGAAACCCCACAGAGGAGAUGAAAGAAUGGUCAACAAAGGGGGCGAUAAUGGUGGUUUUAGGGGAACGUUUGACAAAAGCUUCUGAAGCCUGAAUAACAGUUCAUAGAAAACAUAAGUAAUUAAACUGUACAUUUCUCCCUGCAUGAAGGUAUACUGAGGUGAAGGUCAUUUGGCCAGCCCAGCUUGCUUUCAAGUAUUUCAGUUACUUUCUUGUUGCUUCUGACUAAGGUUUAUGGUUCCAGAAGGGAUAAGAGGCCAUGGCAUGACGGGAUCAGGAAGCUGAGAGCUCAUAGCCUUGACUACAAGAUGAAACAGCAAACUGGAAGCGGUACAAGGCUUUUAAUCUCAAAGCCCAACUUUCUGCAGCAAGUCUGCAGCACCUAAGACUCCAAAAGUUGCCAUCAAGUGUCCAAAUGCCAGAGACUGGUGGACAUUUUUCAUUCAAACAGCCACAUCAGGUUUGGCCAAUGGAAAGUCCAUAGUACUGGACCAGAGACUGUCAGAAGGGAGCUGGUCCAAACAGCAGUGAUGAAAGGCCUGUGUGCAUCUACUGAACCUGAGCCAGGCCAAGUUGUAACCCACCCCACCAAGACCAUCAGUGCUGGGGAGACAGGCCCCACAAUAGCGCUGCAGGAUGACGAGGUUGGAUAGCUCGUGGGAAGUGAGAUUGAGGAGGGCUAGGUGGGAUAGCGGCGCCUAUUCAUGCUGCUGUAGCCAACAUUGCUGAGUCCUUUUGUGCUGUAUUGGACUUCACUAACGUUCCUUUAUUAGUAUCCUCUUAGCUGCCCAAGGAAUCAGGAAGUCAAUGAAACUUAUGUAUAGAUCUCAGCAAGUUCCUGAAGCCUACAAGGUUCUUAAGUCUUCCCAAAGAUAUAUAAGCAGUAAUUACUUUGUGGGGAGAGGAGACUAAGCAAACUCUGUAAACCAGCUCCAGUGAUGCCUCAUCUGAGUUGUCACAGUGUUGGGGUGAGCUUUUUCAGUGAUGUACCAUGCUCCUGUAAGCAAACCAAUAAACUCAACAGUUUACUGAA